UACUCCACCGAUACCGGCACAUCUUGGGCCUCUGGCAACCAGAUAUUGGACCGUAUGGGGGACUGCUGAACGUCGUGUGAUUAGCCAGAGGCUUCUCUGGGCAUCGAGGAAGGGGCAGAAAUGAAAGAGAACGGCUUGGCAGGUGGAUGGCCUGUUCAUCAUCGGCUGGAUGUACCUGCCCCCCCACGACCCUCACGUGGACGACCCGAUGAGAUUCAAGCCCCUCUUCCGGAUCCAUCUGAUGGAGAGGAAGAGUGCCACCGUGGAGUGCAUGUACGGCCACAAAGGGCCCCACAGCGGGCAUAUCCAGAUCGUGAAGAAGGACGAGUUUUCGACCAAGUGCAACCAGACGGAUCACCAUCGGAUGUCAGGGGGAAGGCAAGAGGAAUUCCGGACGUGGCUGCGGGAGGAAUGGGGGCGCACCCUGGAAGACAUCUUCCAUGAGCACAUGCAGGAGCUCAUCUUGAUGAAGUUCAUCUAUACCAGUCAAUACGACAACUGCUUGACCUACAGACGCAUCUACCUCCCUCCACGGAGUCCCGACGAUCUCAUCGAGCCGGGCCUUUUCAAAGGAACCUACGGGAGCCACGGCCUGGAAAUUGUCAUGCUGAGCUUCCAUGGGAAAAAGGCCAAAGGCACGAAGAUCACGGGUGACCCGAACAUCCCGGCAGGCCAGCAGACAGUGGAGAUCGACUUGGCACAUCCCAUCCAGCUGCCCGACAUUGAAAACCUGAGCAACUUCAGCGAGCUGUCCCGCAUCGUCCUCGAAGUGCAAGAGCAGGUCCGGCGGGAGCAGCAGCAACAGGAGGAAGGCCUGCAAGAGGAGCGGGGGCAGGAGGAGGCGCCCCAGCCGCAGCCGGGAGGCUCUCGCCCAGACGGGGGCCGAGAAGAAGGCCCUGCGGCUGAAGAGGGAGCGGCGGCCCAGGGCUUGAGGACGUCCCCGCGCCCAUUCGUCCUGCCGGCCGGGAUCGCGUCCCGGAACGAGGAUUACCCGCGGAGCUGCAGAGCCUGCUUCUACGGGACGGGGCUCAUCGCCGGCCACGGCUUCACCAGCCCCGAGCGGACGCCCGGCGUCUUCGUCCUGUUCGACGACCACCGCUUUGGCUUCAUCUGGCUGGAGCUGCAGUCCUUCAGCCUCUACAGCCGCAUCAAGGUCUCCUUCCAGAACGCGGAGGCUCGGUCCCGGGAGGCCUUCGACGACAUGCUGAAGAACAUUCAGCUGCUGACGUCAUGAUGGCGACCUCCCAGCAGCCGCGGGAGCCGAGACGGCGCUUCUCCUAUCUUGCGGACAGGGCGCCCGCCCGGGGAGGGGGAGAUCGCAUGCACCUCUCCAUAAGGCCUUUUUACCAAAACGUACUCACACGCUCCGUAGCGCACUAACCGUUCCGCCCCGUAUGCCAUGUAUAGUUUGUAAUAUAGCUUCGUAUCGUGGGAGGGCGGCCUGCCGGAGCGGCGGCAAGCAUGCUGGUGCCCUCCCCUCCUCUCUUUCCCAGAAAGGGUGGUGCCCGAGGCAGCCGCCUCGCCGAGAGCGCAGGCGGGCGAGCGAGCGGCAGCGGAGGGCACGUGUGUUGCCUGCGCAACGCCGGCUGCCACUUGAGGCUCUCCCUCCGCCAGCCGGGGGUCCUCCGGGGUCUUCUUUUCUGGACAGGGCCUGUUCCCGCGGGAAAGCAAGAGCCAUGGCUGCCUGUGAGAGCUGCUGGCCGUCACAAGAGUCAAGCGGGACCGUGCCCCCUUGAGCUUUCCUUGAGAGGUCACUGUGUGUGGAAACGCUGGCAUGCCGUUGGGGUCCGUUCCCAAAGCCCCCCUUGCCUGUCCUUCGUGCCAGCAGCGCUAGUGGGCGGGCCGGGGGGGUGCUUGGCCAGCCGGUGCUGCUCGCUGCCCUUCUUCCCUUUCCUGCCUCUUGAGCUCCCGUGUGACCUGGGACGGAGCCUAGAAUCCCCGCUGGCCACUGCUGCAGGGUUUUCUCAGGCGGUGACUUUUGCAAAGAAUCGCGAGCAUCCGUAGGACCAUGACUGUUGGGGGGAAGUCCAUUCGGCCGCAUAAUUAGCCCCCCCUCCCCUCCCCUGCCCUCCCCUCCCCUAACUAAUCCACCAUGUGUGCCUCUUGGACAUAAGGACUCAACUCUGCCCCGCUCUAAAUCAGCAGGGCUCUCCCCACCCCUCUUCCCAUUUUCCUCCCCCCCACACCCCACAGACAGGCAUACUAGACCCCCACAGUGGCCACUGAAGCAGGGGUCAAGGGCUGGAGUCCCACACAGGAGGCGGAAGGGCAGGGAUGAGGCCUGAAUGGGGGCUGAAGACCAGCUAGAAUCCUUGAGGCCCGGUCAGUGGUGAAGAGGACGGUCUGUUUGUGCAGGCCGCCCGCAGGGUGAUCGGCCUGCAGGUCGCCUGAAUAGCCAGCCGGAGUGGCGUUGCCGCGGGCCUGUGUCGUGGCCUCCAGCUGCCAUCGGGGCCAGGGGGCAGGUCGCAGCAUCUGGAGGGCCGCUCUGGACACCCCUGCAGGUGAUGGGUCUUCUCGGUAGGUUGCAAGGGGGUUUCAGGCUUCUGCCUUCCAGGGUUUGCUAGCUUAGUGGAUUGUGUGGCUGGCUGGACAGCCAACAGGUCUGAGAGUGGGGGCCAUGAGAGUGAGAGAAACCUCCUGCCCCCCCCCCCCGAACCAGGGUUCCCCAUUGAGCCAGGCAUUUGCCACGCUCCAUCGCUGGGUGCUUCCAGACAAGGCUUUCAUUGUGCCGUGGCCUUGCUGUACUGGCAGAGUUUUACCGGGCAGGGGACAGAGUUGGCCCUCCGUCAUGUGUGACUCCCCUCUGUUUUCCCAGCACUUCCAUCUUCCUUCCUUUUCUCCGUGCCGGGAAAAAACCCCUUUCAAGAGGAAAAGGCAGAACAGGUGUGCCAUGUCUUUCAGCAGGGUAACAUCGGGGCCCUGUGUGAAGAAGCGCCCUCAGGUGGGGGAGCCGGAGGGGCCGCAUGUGCAAAUCUUUUGCGGGAGCCAAACAACGGGCGAUUCGGCUGUGGGCGCAGGAACAUGGUUUGUCUGGCCAGCUGAGUUUCGGGAGCUUCGUGGCAGGAACGUGUCCAGUUCCACGCUAGCUUGCGCUCUGGUUGCCUCGCGCUGCUGGCUUGCUCAUGCACAUGACAGAAUGUGGAAGGCGGGUUGUUGGUGGAGUGUGGACCUCGCCCAGCUAGUGCUAUGAGAGGGCUGGGUCAGGCUGCCGCUUUUCUGUAAUUCCUCACCCGGUGCCCCCCUUGCUUGCUAAACCACCCCGGAGCCUUAGAACGAGCCAUGGGCUGCGGGAGGCCUGGAAGCCAUGCCUGCCACCCCUUCUGGUGCAUUCAGCCAACGUGCCAACCAGUGUGAGGUGAAUGUAAUCCUGGCGAUGGAGCAGCACAGAGCCAGCAUGCACGGCACGGGGAAAGGACGCCCUGGCAUCUUUUCCCCCUCUGAUCCUGCAAACCUGGUUUUCUUUGGAACUUUCUCAGACCUGUCCCCAGAUGGAGCAUUUAUACAGCCUGGCUUCCUGUACGAACAGUUCGGUCGCGUGGGAGGAGCAAGGACCUCCGGCCUGCCGUUCCAAAGGGCAGGUAGUGGGAGCGUCUGCUGACCUUUCCUGUAAAGGUCGGCAGAUUAACUUUCCUUGAGGCCAUGGCCAUGCCGAGCCUCCCAAGUGCCCCGCUGCCAUUUUGCACCAGCUGGGACCAGCAUCACGAGGGUCGGUCCUCUCAGAUAACGUGCGGGUGCCAAGAGCGCGGCUGGCCCUCUUCUGACUGGCGAGCGAAGAGUCACAGAGCCACAGUCCUAAAUGACGGCCAUUCUCCUUAUUUAUUACCUGGGUUGAUGAUGCCAUACCGACGAUCACGAUGCCAACCGUUAGGACAGGUUUCUGUAGCGUUAGUGCUGAUUUGUGGCAGCAUCUCUGAGCAGCACCACAUGCGUGCUUGGUACUCGUCAGAGAAACAAGCAAAGCAGACAGGUCCCUGCCCUCAGGAGUCUACAUGUCAACGGGGAAGGGAAAGGACAUGCUCACGAGACCGCCAUGAGGACUAAGCAGCAGACGCAAAGGCAGGCGCCUGUCCUGGGACGCUGUCCAGUUCUGGGGGAUCCUGGCUCUUGCACUGGGCGCUCGGCCCGCGGCCCACCUCCUGUUGCAUGUCCCUAGAGGUGCCGCCCCUCGCCCAGAAUUCCUCCCCGACUGACCCUCCCGCCUUCUAGAGCAGUUCCCGCACUGAGGAUUCUUCCCGCCCUCCUCUAGUCUGGCGCAUGCUGGAGUCACCCGGAUCAGCGUGUUCUGCCUCCAGUUUCAGGGUGGCGCUUCUCUCGUCCGAAUUAUGCAGCUUAACUGGUGGAGGGGUGGAUGUUCCAGGGUGGGGGGAGGUCUGCCUGCCUCAGUUGGAGGGGCGAGCGGAGCAAUACGCAGCAGCCUCCCAUGUCUUUCCAGCUCUUUUCAUCAAUGGGAAGUUGUGCCUGACAGCUGCUCAUCACGGGGGGUGGGGUGGAGGGCUGCCGCACUUUAUUUCCUCGCCCUCCAAAGGUUGGAUUCCAAAGUUUUGGGGGAGAUGGGACAAGAAAGCCACAACUGUCAGUGUUGAGAUUGCAUUGCUUUCUGCGUGUCGGAAGAGUGAGCUUUUCCAUCUUUCUUUUCCAUCUGCUUACUGUUGCCCAAGCAGCCUUUUCCAAUUUCACAUAACAACAACAAUAAAAGAUUUUGUGAAUUUGA